UACAAUGUCACACAAAAGUCUGAGUUUUCUGCUGUAUUAUCGUGGUAUUUAUCUGGUGCAUCAGGAUUUUACAUAAAUUUACUGAAUUCUACUUGGGGUGCUCAUAAAGAUGUGUUGCAAAUCAGUACGGAUUUGAGCUUUGUAGGACAAUACUGCCUUGUUCAUCUUGGAGAUCUGGCUAGAUAUCAAGGACAUAAAGAACAGGCGCAAAAUUUUUAUGAGCAAGCAAUCAAAGUAGCACCAGCUUUUGGUCAUGCAUACAACCAAUUAGCUCUUUUGGAACCCAAAUCAUCUUCAAUGGAUGCGCUUAAGAUUUGCUCUUUGUAUUGUCGAGCAAAUUCAUGUGUGCAAUCUUUUAUGCCGGCGCAUAAUAAUUUGAUGAGAUUAUUGGAAGAACAUAAAACAUUGUAA